AUGGCUUCGGAGCUCUACCUGAAGGAGCUCCAGAACUUCGAGGCGCCCAAGAAGUCUGCGGACGCGCACAAGGGUGCGGUCCGUGAGUUCCAGCAGCCCGCUGCUCCCAAGCAGCCUGCCUCGGCGACUGCCUCGGAGAUCACCUCGCAGCUCGACGCCUUCCAGGGCUACGAGCCGGACGCGGUCCCGGAGGCUGCGCGUGGCGAGGAGGAGGUCGCCGAGACCCAGGACGUGAACGCGUACCUUGCUGAGCUGCAGGCGGACCCCAAGCUCGAGGCCCACCACUAA